GAUUUUAUUCAAACUUCUCAGAAAAACAGAUCCUUGUGUGUUAAUCUACAGUAUUUAUAAUCAUCAUCAUCAUCAUCAUCCUUGUGGUGUUGAUUCGAUUGCAGAAUCAAGAUAAAAACAGAGAUUGAGAUAAAGAGAAUCCAAAAAACACACAAGAAUAAGACAAAAAGAUCUCUGAAGAUAUGUUCUGUUGCGGAGGUGCGGAUGAGGAACCCGCCGGUCCGCCAGCAAACCAGUAUUCAUCAGCGCCUCCUAACAAAACCGGAAAUAACAAUUUUGGCGGCGGCGGGAACAGAGGAGAGCCUAGGAAUACAAACGCGCCGAGAUCUGGAGCUCCUGCAAAGGUUUUACCUAUAGAGAUCCCUUCUAUUCCAUUGGACGAGCUGAACAAAAUAUCAGGUAACUUCGGAAACAAGGCACUUAUCGGUGAAGGCUCUUAUGGACGUGUCUUCCAAGCUAAGUAUAAUGGAGGUGAUGUUGCUAUUAAGAAGCUUGAUGCUAGCUCUUCUGAAGAACCUGACUCCGAUUUCACCUCACAGUUAUCGGUGGUAUCACGGCUUAAAAAUGAACAUUUUGUGGAACUAAUGGGGUACUGUUUGGAAGCAAAUUACCGCAUUCUCAUCUACGAGUUCGCAACUAAAGGUUCCUUACACGAUGUGUUACAUGGGAGAAAGGGGGUGCAAGGAGCCGAGCCAGGACCGGUGCUGAACUGGAACCAAAGGGUUAAAAUCGCAUAUGGAGCAGCCAAGGGGCUUGAGUUCCUUCACGAGAAGGUUCAGCCACCAAUAGUCCACAGGGACGUAAGGUCCAGCAACGUCUUGUUGUUUGAUGACUUUGUGGCCAAAAUGGCUGAUUUCAACUUGACCAACGCAUCUUCAGAUACUGCUGCGAGGCUUCAUUCUACUAGAGUCUUGGGAACAUUUGGUUAUCACGCUCCAGAGUAUGCUAUGACGGGACAAAUAACACAGAAGAGUGAUGUAUAUAGUUUUGGUGUUGUGCUUUUGGAGCUCUUGACAGGAAGAAAACCCGUAGACCAUACCAUGCCUAAAGGACAACAAAGUCUUGUUACUUGGGCAACUCCGAGACUAAGUGAAGACAAAGUCAAACAAUGCAUAGAUCCUAAGCUUGACAAUGACUUCCCCCCCAAAGCAGUAGCUAAGUUGGCCGCCGUGGCUGCCUUGUGUGUUCAGUACGAGGCGGAUUUCAGGCCUAACAUGACCAUCGUUGUCAAGGCACUUCAGCCUCUUCUUAACUCUAAACCGGCCGGUCCUUGAAUCUUCUUUCUAAAGUACCAAUUUACCACUUCUCAUGGUUUUGUUUUUGUUGUUGUUGUUGUUAUGUUCCUCUCUCUGAUCUUGUUGUUGUAAGAUGUUGUCAUCCUCUCUUUUUUUCUUUUUCUGCCAACAAGAUGUUGUCAUUCCAAUGUAACUUAUUGGUUUAAAGCCCUCUAUUUUUGGUAUAGCCUGG